AUGGCAACGUACUACACGCGAGCAGUGCAAAGGCUUUUUCCGUCUGUUGUCACAUCGAAAUCGUUGUUUAUUUCAAUGUAUCGCACCAUCGUUAUGUCAAAGCGCUCAUUUUCUGAUCGGUAUUACACAAAGAAGCACGAAUGGGUUAUCAUCGAAGGUAAUACAGCAAUUGUUGGAAUCAGUGAUUUUGCGCAGGCAGCACUUGGUGAUAUUGUUUAUGCGGAACUGCCUGAAGUUGGAAAAGAAUUGCAUGCAGGUGAUUCAGUUGGAGCAGUGGAAAGUGUAAAAGCAGCAUCUGACAUCUAUUCACCUAUUUCUGGAAUAGUUACGGAAAAGAACAUCGAAGUUGAAAGCAAUCCAUCAUUGAUCAAUAAGUCUGCUAUUGAUAAAGGUUGGUUGUACAAAUUGAAAGUAAAAGAUGUAAAUGAAUUGAAAGAACUGAUGAAUGAGACAGCUUAUGAAGCAUAUAAGAAAAUGGAAGAGCAAGAAGCUGCUCAUUAG